AUGGCGUUGCAGUUCAUUAACCACAGCCCCAGCGGGAUCGGCAGCUCUGACAGGCGCAUCAUCCGCUCCCACGUCAUGCAAGGCAAGAAUACGGGCAAGCAGCGACGAUCCACCAAGAAGCAGAAAAAUAGCGCAGAGCUCAAGCGCCUCUUGAAUGCUCCAGGAUCUGGAUACGUGAUGCCGCGACAGGUGCUUUGGGGCGAUCUGUGUCUCACUUUGUUCCCUCAACAGCUCGACUCCGAGUCCAUGGCGCUCAUGCAUCGGUGGUUCUUUGACAUUAGUGAUGCGCUGUUUCCGCCGCAGUUCUGUGACAAGUUCGACAUUAUAAAGUCGAUCUGGGUCAACUGUAUCCUAGCAGAUGAAGCAUGUGAGCAACAGCAUGGCCAGCUGGUUCACGCAGCACUGUUGACCAACAAGGAUGCAGAUUUUCAUAGCACUUUGGCUAUAUCUGCGUCUUACGUUGACUUCUUCCGGCGGAAACCAGUAAUAUCGUCCAAAACACUUCACCACAUCUCCCAGGCGUAUGCUCUGGUCAACAUUAAGCUGUCGGGUCCCUUCUGCGUUUCCGACAGCUCCAUAGCUGCUGUGGUCAGCCUCGCCAUCUACCAGCAAGUACAUCACCAGCCUGAAACGGGACUGGUACAUCUCCACGGGCUCUAUCACAUGAUUCAGCUGCGGGGUGGGAUCGCCAGGCUAAUGCAAGAGAAUCGUGCGCUGGCACUGAAGCCGUUGAGGCUCGAUGUUGAAUUAGCAAUGCAAAAUGGCACAAGCACCUUGUUUCGCGGGGAUGAAGUGCCCAUUCACCCGGUCCUAUGCGACCCCGACGUCAGCAGCGGGCAGUCUCCCAGAGCUGUCUCUUGA